AGAGUAAAUUUGAGUUAAUACGAUUAGCCCAUCCCUCUCACACCUUCUCUCAAACUCUCUCCUACCUCACGCAACAAGGAAACGCAGGUUAGUCGUGCCCCUGUCCGCCGGCCACUAGUCUCCGGCCAGUCCUCACGUCGUCUUCCGACUGCCUACGUUGCCGCCGCGUGGGUCUGACGGCGGUUAGCCUCUCUCUAUCUUCCGUCGACCACAGCCGUUGCCGUUAGUCUUUCGCGGGAUUCUUGGUUUUGGAUUGAAGAUUUUGAGGACGUUAGCUUGCUGUCCAGCAAGUGUUAAGGACCGAAUUGGUUGAUUUUUGGUUAAUAUCGGAUUUGGAACCCUUUUGGAUUAAGAAUAAUCGCUGUAAAUUGGGUUUAUAAUUCCUAUUUGUGGUCUACGCAUAGAUUGGAAUUUUUGGUUGAUGUUUUGAAGUGGUUUUGGAUUAAGGGGAUUUGAUCCAAGAUUACUCAAAGUCGAGAAGAAGAUAAAUUGUUUGUUAUUCAGGCUCGAUUUCGUGAUGAGCCUUGCAACUAAUUCUCCAGCUCACUCAUCAAGCAGUGAUGAUUUUGCUGCGUUUCUUGAUGUAGCUCUAGAUUCCCAUUCGUCUGAUUCAUCACCCUAUGAAAAGGCCGAGGGUGACAAUAAUGCCGAAAGUGAGAGGAUAAAGCGCCGUAAGGUGGAGAAACUGGAAAACUCAGAGGAGGAUAUUCUGUAUGGAGUUGAAGAGCAAAGUUCAGAAGCAAUAUCAAAGCAACAAUUAUGCAGUCAUCCUGGUUCAUUUGGAAAUAUGUGUAUCAUAUGUGGGCAAAGGUUGGAUGAGGAAUCUGGCGUGACAUUUGGGUAUAUACAUAAGGGACUCAGACUAAAUAAUGAUGAAAUUAAUCGGCUGCGUAACAUAGACAUGAAGAGCUUAUUGCUGCAUAAAAAGCUUAUCCUGGUUCUUGAUCUGGAUCACACACUAUUAAACUCAACUCAACUAGGGCAUUUGACACCUGAAGAGGAGUAUUUAAGGAGUCAAACAGAUUCUCUAGAUGAUGUCACGAAAGGAAGCCUUUUCCUAUUGAACUCUGUUCAUACAAUGACAAAAUUGAGGCCAUUUGUCCAUUCAUUUUUGAAAGAAGCUAAUCAACUGUUCGAAAUGUAUAUAUACACUAUGGGGGAGCGAGCAUAUGCCUUCGAAAUGGCAAAGUUGCUGGACCCCAAGAAGGAGUACUUUAAUGGAAAAGUUAUUUCUCGGGAUGAUGGCACUCAAAAGCAUCAAAAAGGUCUUGAUGUGGUGCUGGGUCAGGAAAGUGCUGUUCUGAUCCUCGAUGAUACUGAAAAUGCAUGGCCAAAACAUAAAAAAAACUUGAUAUUGAUGGAGAGAUAUCACUUUUUUGCUUCAAGUUGUCACCAAUUUGGCUUCAAUUGUAAAUCUCUAUCUGAGUUGAAGAGUGACGAGAGUGAAACUGAUGGGGCACUGGCAACCAUCCUGAAAGUUCUGAAGCAAGUCCAUAGUGUAUUCUUUAACGAAUUAUCGGAUGAUUUGGUUGACAGAGAUGUGAGGCAGAUACUGAAGACAGUUCGGAGCAAAGUUCUCGAGGGAUGCAAAGUCGUCUUCAGCCGGGUCUUUCCUACCAAAUUUCAGGCUGAUAACCAUCACCUAUGGAAGAUGGUAGAGCAGUUGGGAGGCACUUGCUCGACCGAACUCGACCAAUCUGUGACACAUGUGGUCUCAAUGGAUGCUGGAACGGAGAAGUCACGUUGGGCUUUGAAAGAGGAGAAGUUUCUGGUCCAUCCACGGUGGAUAGAAGCAUCGAACUACUUCUGGAAACGGCAAUCGGAAGAAAACUUUCCCGUUGAGCAAACCAAGAAACAAUGACAGUUUCUCUCUUAGAGUAGUCCCGCAUUCCUCUUAAAUGGAGCUUGCAUUUGUUGGGGGAUUACUUGCUGUGCUGUUAGUGUUUCCCCAAUAUAUUACUUACGGACUCACCUUCUUUGUAGGUCAGCAUCUCAUUUUUGAAGUAUCCCCUAUUAUCAACUUCAAGGGUUGAUUGAAAGAAGAUAGAUGUGUAGAUGCAUUUUGUUGUAAUUUUGGGUAACCAUCUUGAGUUGGGCUUAAUCAUAGGGGUGUUAUUUUUGGCUUUGAUUCUUUUUUUUAAUAAAUAAUCCAAGCCUUAACAUCUAUGGUUCUGUAUGUAUUUGUAAUUCCUCUGAUGUAUUUGUCUCAGAUCAAAGAUAACAAUAUUUGAUAAGUUUCAUGAGUGAAUCUAGAAUUACAUUUUGGAAAGGGAGAACUAUGGGUAGGUUACAUUCACAUCUAUGAACUUUCAAUUUGAUCAAUUAAAUCCCUUGUAGUUUGUUAA